AUGGCUGCCUUCGCUAGUCGCACCCCCAAUAACAAUGUCUCCGUCGACGCCGCUACAGAUGAUCUCAAGAAGGCCGGCAUCUCCGAAAGGGCUAUGCCCCCACCUCCCCUUCGUGCUCCCGCAUCAGCACCCGCCCCCGGGGGGCGUCCCGGUUCGCUAGCUAUGGGCGGACUCGCCGCCCGCCGCAUGGGCAAAGCCGGGCUUCCCAAGCUAAGCGGAAUGGACAUGGGCCUCCAGAACGCAGGACUUGGUGGUGGUCGUCCCAACCAGGAGUCCGAACAGCCUCCGCGGCACGGCCCUUCGAGUUCAUUCUCGACGCCGUUCGCCAACUUUGGCAAAAUUGUCGACCCCACGGGACGCCUCGUCUUCAACAACGCCGUACUGCACGAGAAAGGCGUCGAUUUUGUCGGCGGCGCGUCCUUCUCUAUCAACAUGGCUGAGCUGCAGUUGGACGAGGAAUUGGGAAAGGGCAAUUAUGGAACCGUGAAGAAAGUGUUCCAUAAGCCCACCAAAGUGAUGAUGGCGAUGAAGGAAAUCCGUCUUGAGCUGGAGGAUGCGAAGCUCAACGCCAUCAUCAUGGAGCUGGACAUCCUCCACCGCGCAGUCGCUCCCGAAAUAGUCGGGUUUUAUGGAGCCUUCUUUAUCGAAUCGUGUGUGUACUAUUGCAUGGAAUACAUGGAUGCCGGAUCAUUAGACAAGUUGCAAGGCGAAGGCGUACCCGAGGACAUCCUGGCCCGUAUCACUAGCAGUAUGGUUCGGGGACUCAAGUUCCUGAAGGAUGGUCUCCAGAUCAUUCACCGUGACGUGAAGCCUACCAAUGUUCUUGUUAAUCGGAAGGGUCAAGUUAAACUGUGCGACUUCGGAGUUUCCGGGCAGCUUGAGAAAUCGCUUGCCAAAACUAACAUCGGCUGUCAAAGCUACAUGGCCCCCGAACGGAUACGAGGCGAAUCUCAGAACAACGUCGGAACAUAUACCGUUUCGUCAGAUGUGUGGUCCCUUGGAUUGUCGAUCAUCGAAAUGGCUCUCGGUCAUUACCCGUACCCACCCGAGACCUACGCCAACGUGUUCGCUCAGCUCACUGCAAUCGUCGACGGCGACCCCCCAGAACUUCCUGAAGACUUUACGGGGACUUCCAGAGACUUUGUUGCCCGUUGCCUGCACAAGAUCCCUGAUAGACGAGCAACGUACACUGAACUGCUGGAGCAUCCGUUCCUGGUUGAGGACGUCGGUCGCGAUGUAGACAUGGCUGGGUGGGUGGAGAAAGCGAUAGAGGCACGCGAGGCUCGUAUCCGAGCACAUAUCGAAGCUCAAAAUCAAGAGCCAACGUCGUAG